AAUGGCGGGUAAAGCCCUUACAAUCGUAAACCAGCGGCAUUGUAUUUAUGCAAGUGUAAAAUAAAUAGAAAAAUAUGUUAGUACUUUAGCGAUCGUAAAACUAACAAUAUAAGAAAAGAAACGUUGAACGUUCAUAAUACAUAUUAAUUCAGUAUGAAAGUAGGAGUACAUUCGUUGACACAUAACCCUACAGCAGCUUGGCGGGAGCUGUCACAGGAACAAAAAGUUAUUAAAAUUAAUGCCAAAGUUCCGACAAGUGAUGCUCCUAAUGAUAAGCUGCGUGUAGUUUGUAUGAGCGAUACGCAUUCUCUUACACCAUUUAUACAAUUUGAUAUACCCAAUGGUGAUAUCUUUAUUCAUGCUGGAGAUUUUACAAAAUGUGGAAAUUUACAAGAAGUUAUAGAAUUUAAUAGUUGGAUUGGAAAUUUACCGCAUAAACAUAAAAUAGUUAUAGCUGGAAACCAUGAACUCAGUUUUGAUCCAACCUUCACCCAUCCUUUCACUAUGCAAACUUCUGGAGACCGUCAAAAACAUACAGGGACUAGUAUUCUCGAUAACAUACCCACGUUGGGAAUGUCGAAAGAUACUCUCGCAGAAGCUAUUCGGACAUCUAAUAUUAAAGAUUAUUUAAAAAAUUGUAUCUAUUUAGAAGAUUCUGAAGUAACUCUAUAUGGAAUUAAAAUAUAUGGUACACCGUGGCAACCAGAAUUUUGUAAAUGGGCUUUCAAUGUGCCACGAGGAGAAGCUUGUCUUUCUAAAUGGGAUAUGAUACCGUCUGAUACAGAUAUACUUGUAACACAUACACCUCCUGUAGGUCAUGGAGAUUUAUGUUGUAGUGGGGUACGAGCGGGAUGCGUAGAAUUACUUUCUACGGUACAGAAUCGCGUGAAACCAAAAUAUCACGUGUUCGGUCAUAUUCACGAAGGGUAUGGUAUUUCUUCUGAUGGAAAAGUAAUUUAUAUAAAUGCAUCUACAUGCGAUAUUAAUUAUUUACCAACUAAUCCACCAAUAGUAUUUGACAUAACAUUACCUUCUGGAUUUAUAAAGGAAUAAAUCAAUAAUUAAUAUGAUACUUUAAUCAGAACAUAACAAAAUUUAAUUUUUUUUUUUUUUUUACACGAAAAAUUUUAAAGGAUUUAAUUUUUUGUUACGAUAUACAUAAAUACAAUCAUAUUAUAAAUUAUUUUAAUUUCUAAUAUGUUAUAUUUCAAAAAGGAAGAUUGAUUUAUACAUAGAAUCGUUUCUAUUUUUUUUUUGUUGUUGUCAUACAAUAAUACAUAUUUGAAAUUAUAAUAAUUUAAUUACUAAAUUACGCGUUAUAUUGUUUACUAACAAAUUAGAACAAUCAAUAUAAAACGGAACUGUAGUUAUCAUUAUAUCUAGUAUUGCACAAAGCAAAUAAUACUGAAUGAUCGUUUCGUGUAUUUACCAUUUCCACAAACUUGUAGCCUGGAUUCAUUAACAUUUUUUAUCCUAAAUUUAUGGGUCUUUGGAUAUUAAUAAACUACAAUGUAAUAUUG